AGUAUGCAACCGGCGCGUAAUUGAAAAAACGGACACAUCCGGGAAAAAUCGACUGUCCUUUCAGGGGUGGGGGUAACAAGAUAGUUUAGAGGGUUGAAACGGAAGUUUGCGUUGUCAGUUCUGCAUGUCUCUUCAUGCGGGAAAGGACGCAAAUCGGGUUUUCAUCAGAAGCUCACCCAUUUUCCAAACCAGGAUGGGCGCCUUCGCCUCAAAGAGAAAGGACAAGGUUGAGCCGGAACCACCUCCAGUCGAAGAUAAAGAAAAGCCGAAGGAGAUUGAGAUUAGUGAGACGCCUUUUCCCAAGAAACGUGUUUGCACAGAUGUCAUUUGUCUUAUGUUUCUUGCAAUCUUCACCGUUGUUUUGAUUGGACUUCUUGUCUAUUGCUUUAAAUACGGAGACAUCAAUCGGAUUGUCAAUGGUUACGACAGAUGUGGAAAUGUGUGCGGACAAGUGACGGAGAGAAUAGGAAUCGCUCCCGAGGACCCGAAAUAUACUUGUUUGGGCGCCGACAUGACAAAGAAAAAAUAUCUUUUGGUCACCGGAGCCGGUUUGAGACAAACUAACGAAUUCAACGUGAACAGAGAAUGCGUCAAUUCUUGCCAGUACUACCCAGGAUAUCGACAGUUUCUGAAUCGGUGCAUCCCCAUCAAAGACGCGCAGAGAGAAAGCCAGCGGCAGUACAGCCAAGGGUCGUAUUCGUCUCGAAUAGGCUCCGCUUCGGGCGCCUCCAGCAACUGGGCCUUCAACCCUGGCAGCCCUCACGGACUGACCAGGCAACAACAAGUUCUGCGCCAACAACAACUGCAGUCGGCCAAAAGCCAGAACAACAUCAUCCGAGCCCAGCUUCCCAAGCCCGAGCUGAUUCUGGUCAAGAAUUAUGCCAAGCAGCAAAUUCUGGUGCCUCUGCCCGACGGCCGGAUCAAGAGGAGCUCCGUCUUGGGCCGAAAACUCCUCCAGUACAGAGGUCAACGACCUCUCGACCCGGCCGAGCGGAUCAACGUGUACUUUUCGAAAACUGGCAUCCAAAAUUUCUUUCAGGAAGUUGCCGAGGACCUUCAAAUGUGCUGGAGAGAAAUGUUGGCAUUAUUCUUUGUCGCUUUAGGAUUUGCUUUGGUCAUGAUGCUUUUAUUGAUUGUCGCAGUAAAAGUUGUCGUGGUCAUGUCCCUCGUAGCUGCGAUCGUCGUUUGCACCGUGGCCACAGCUUAUCUAUGGGCGCAGUGGGCUUACGAGAAAGAUAAACUGACCGAGACAUACAAGUACUACCCGAAUUCAAUGAGCCAGGUGGAGAUGACGAAUGUCAACUCUUACAUGGGCUACGCCAUUGCCGCAAGCGUCGUCAGCGGAAUUUUGUUUCUGGUGCUGCUCGUCACAAGGAAAAGAAUUGGACUGGUCAUUAGACUAUUCGAAGAGGCAGGAAAAGCGGUUUCCCAAAUGCCAACUUUGCUCAUUUUGCCGUGGAUUACCUUUGCCAUUAUUGGUGUUUUGAUCGGUGGUUGGUUCUACUUGGCCCUUUGGAUCGAAAGCUCUGGCCGAUUGACCAGCGAAAACAACGUCAACUUCAUCUACGAGAAAGACGGACCCGUGGUGGUUGCAAGAUGGUGGAAUUUGCUGGCCCUUUUCUGGCUUGUUCAAUUUGUGAUGGCCUGUCAGCAUUUGACUGUGGCAGGGGCGGUUGGCAACUGGUACUUCACUAGGAAAAAGGAAAGCCUGAAACAUCCGGUGGACAGGAGCAUAGCACGGACCGUGAGUUACCAUCUGGGCUCAGCAGCUUUUGGCGCAGCCCUAGUGGGAAUUUUCCAGUUCGUCCGAGCCGUUUGGCAAGAAUUUUUCCGGCUGAUGAAGCCGACCGCGGCCGAGCAACUCACCCUGACCGAGGGUGCGCAGGUGUCGCCGCCGGUGGAGCAGGCGGCGUCCACCAAACUCAUCAACUGCCUGAUGUACCCCUUCACCAAAUUCCUCGCGUUCAUCAACAGAAACGCGUACAUCGAAGUUGCACUAAGAGGCUGCAAUUUCAUCGAAGGUGGCAGAAGGGCGAUCAAAAUGAUUGUCAAGCACGCUUUGAGCAUUGCUGCUAUAAAUUCUGUGGGCGAUUUUGUGCUUUUCCUGGCUAAGAUCGCCGUGAUGUUGAGCACAAUGCUUGUGGCCAUCGCCAUGAUCCAAAACAAGGAAGGAGUGUUAAAUAUGUGGGUACCGAUCACCCUGGCUUCCCUUUUUGGCUACAUAGUCGCCCACAUUUUUUUAACAGUCUAUGAGAUGACGAUAGAUACAAUUUUUAUUUGCUUCUGCGAGGACUGCGAAAUGAACGACAACGUCGACAGGCCAUUUUUCAUGAGUGAAGGACUCAUGGAAUUCAUCGAUGAUUGUGACGCGCCAAUGAGAGAGCGGUUGAUGGUGAAAGAUGGACAAGUUUUUACGAUUGAAUCGCCGAAAAAGUAACAAAAAGAGGAACAUUUUUAAAUUCAAGAGUUCAAAUUUCCAGAGACAAUAUGCAGCAAUUUAUUUGCAAUCUCAGGUUUGCCAAAAAAAAAAUAUAAUAAGUUCAUUCAGUUAAAUGUAAAUAAAUUUAAAUGGUACACACAAUACUUUUGUAAAAAGCCAUCUUUGCGAGCAAUUUUAUUACAGUCAUCAUAAAUAUAUUUCUAUUCAAUAAUGUGUGCUUUAGGUGUGGA